AUGGUCACAAAGUGCAUUGACCCUUGCGAGCAGCAAAAUCAGAAGAGACCUGUUGGCCAUUUAGUUUGGGAUCUCAUUCGAAUCUCCCGCUAUGACAAGUAUAACUCUUUUCUGGCACUGUUUUCAGGAGUUUGGUCUACGUUGCUAGCUGGAGCGCUCAAAUUGCGAAAUGAGCCAGAAAGUACUUCCGUUUCUUUUGUCCUCAGUCGGGUAGUGCUUUGCUCUUUGGCUUCUUAUAUUUUUUCGGGGGCUGGCAUGGUGUGGAACGACUGGGUGGACCGUGAUAUCGAUGCCAAAGUGGCGCGUACAAAGGACCGUCCACUGGCAUCGGGACGACUUCACACGAUGGAGGCAAUGGCUUGGCUGAUUAUCCAAGUGGCCGCGUCGACUGGGCUUUUAUACUGGAUGAUGGAAGGAAGACAUGUCUGGAUUUCCCUGGUUCCUCCAGCAAUUGGGACUCUUCUUUAUCCAUACUGUAAACGUCCAACGGCCCAGAAAUUCGGCAUCUAUCCCCAGUAUGUCCUAGGGUUGACUGCAGCCUGUCCAGCGGUAUUUGGGCGAGCGGCAAUUUACAACCAUGAGGACUCCUUCCAAGAUUUGAUAAACGCCUCUUUUCCUUUGUGUUUGUUUGUUUUCGUCUGGACCCUUUAUUUCAACACGGCAUACAGCUACCAGGAUGUGAAGGACGACUCCAAGAUGAAGAUCAACUCAUCUUAUGUAUUCGCUGGCCAACACAUUCAUUUGUUCCUCGUUCUCCUUACCGGACUUGUCCUUGCUUCUAUCCCAUGGGUUCUCCAUCCUUUACAAUCAGGUUGGCUUUGGGUCUCCUGGAUGGGCGUGUGGUCGGUUGGAUGCGCAGAACAACUGGUGAGGUUCAAUGCUAACGACCCGCAUACUGGAGGGCUUGUUUGGAGACGCAACAUUCUUCUGGCUCUAUGGACAAUCUUCGCAUGCUUGGUGGAGGUAUUACUAGUGUGGAUUCAUCAAAUUUGA